ACAGAAAGAGGAGGAACAAAAUCGUCUUAUUGAGGCUAGGAAGAAGGCCAUACAAGUGGAGAAGGAGAGGGCAGCAAAAGUGGCCAACCUCCCACCCCUUCCACCCAACCCAAUUGAGAAUAUUGAAUCAAGGAAGCUACUUGGAGUGAAGAAAUUGGACGUGGAUGCCUUCUCUGUGACCCACUAUCACAUGCCAGAGACUACAGUGGACAGGGAAGUUGACACAGCACAGCCAAAGGCAUGGGAGGUGGCAAAGGAGGAGGUGUGGUGCCUGCAAGAGCUAGGACAGGAGGAGCUUAGGGGCAACCACGUGCUGAGGAGGGAACGGCUCACACAGAUCUUCCAGCUGCUCUCCAAGAGACAGGAGAUGAGGGAGGACUGGCAGAGGGACAUGGAGUUCACCUUUGAGGACAUGUACACUGGAGAGAGGAGAGUGAAAUGUGACCUGGUACUGCAGCUGGUCCCAGAGCCUCUCCCAGCUGUGUCCACUGGCAGACAGGAUCUAGACCUGGAGGAGGCCACUCCUGACCUUACACCCUCGGCUGGGGCAGAGGAACAACUGGAUGAAGAACCAUCCCGGCCUCUAGGUGGUGCUCCCAGAAAGGCCUUGAAGAAACUACUUACCUGCGUCAGGUCACAGAGAGACCAGUGGGGCUACCGGAGGCUGGUUGACCCCAGGUCUGACUGCCAAACUAUUUAGACAGCAGAGUUCUACACGACCUCAGAUGGUACGACUAGUCAGGUUUUCUGGCCAGCGAAAAGCGGGGUCUACCAUUGACCACUAGUCCCAGGCUCCCUGACCCCUCUCAGCCAGCCCAAGCUAUAGACAACAGCGGAGUACAUAGUAGCUGGCACCCUGCUCCAUCCUGAUAAACAAGCCAUCAAGAUCCACACAUUUGAAACCGAGAGGAUGAGAAGGGAGGAGGAGCUGGACAGGCAGGAGCAGAUAGCCCUGCUACAGGAUUUAGGGGAGAAGGAGAGCAGGCUGGAGCUGCUGCAGGAGGCCCAGGAAGAGAGCAGCUGCAGACGGCCAUGGCCCAAGACACUGCUGCUGCAUCUCUUAGACCAGAACAAGUGUGUUUCUCGCAAUGGCUGAUUCGUAUGAUGACAUUUGAAAGAGCUGCCUAUUGCUGAUUUGUGUAUCACAUGUGCACAGCAGAUAUCGUAGGGUGGCAGGUAGCCUUGCGGUUAGUGUUGGGCCAGUAACCAAAGGGUCGCUGGUUAGAAUACCCGAGCCGACAAGGUGAAAAAUCUGUCUAUGCCCUUGAACAAGGCACUGAGCACUAAUUUGCUGUGGCUGACCUUGUAAAACAACACAUCUCACUGUACCUAUCUAUUGUAUGUAACAAUGAAAUUAACAUCUUCUGUUAUGGUUGUUUUUGGAAAUAACCCUCCCCACCCCCCAUAUUUUCAAUGUUUACAUUUCUUAUACUUCAUAACCAGUCAGUGGAAGAGACUCGCCGGCGUCUGGAAGAGUACCAACACACGCUAAGAAACCGCUAUUCUGGUAUAACUACGGCAACAUGUCUCCCUCCUGGUACCAAAGCCUGUCCUACCACACUUUAAAGGAGGAAUCAUUCCACCAGUAGUGCCACUAGAACUCCCCUCUGGCUCUGCCCUUCUCCCCUGUCUCCCUGUAGCACUUAGUACCCACUCUAGAGCUUACACUCCUCUGGACCUCCUCACACCCUCCAUCUUGGCUCAAACUCUCUUCCUUCCUGGCACAACAGUCUGCUCGCAUAUCAACUCCAGGGCCUCUCCAGUGCAGCUAGAACCCACCGCUAAGAGACCAAAGUGCAGGUUUUUCUGCUUGGCUGGCGGACAAUGUGUUUAGUAGGGUCCCAGAGGACAUCCCUGAGAGGCUACUUUCCCCUCUACCUCGUUGGAUCUACAGACCACAUCCUGUUUCCCUCCACUCUACUCCACACAUCCCACUCCCAUCAAAAACUGACUCCCAGGUCUGGGGAAGAGGUGGAGAGGCAGGAGAUACGUGAGGCCCAGAGGGAGCAGGAGGAAAAACGGAGAUGGCUGGAGGAAGAGCAGAGGAAGAGCACAGGAGGAGACAGAGGGAGGCGUUACAGGCACUGCUCACUGCUGACAACAAACAGCCUGGUCCGGAGAUCGCUGAUGGUUUUGGGUCAAAGGUUCUGGGGUCAGAGCGUGUCCAUCGGAUGGCAGCUCUGCUGAGGGCCAUCGGAGCCCAAUGGGCAAACAUCAUCUGUAGAAGCUAAUCCGAGCUAAGACAACACACUCAAUGUCCAGAGUUCGCAGCCAAACCCCCGGUGGCCCGCGCCAGGCUGGCCGUCAUGGAGAUGAUAGAGCAGCAUGAGCUCAGUGCCAUCCAGGAGGUGGAGACACCAGCCUGAUCACAGGUCGGUCAGCCAGCCACACCCUCAGGGGUCACCAUACACUACACCAAACGUGGCGGUGGUCACCUCUGGUAACCACUUGUAUACAUCAUAAACAAGCAUGUGUCUCUAACCAGGUACUAUGUGCUGUGUCCAGAAGGGAGUGUGAGGCUGUCUUGUAUUGAAAGGGCAUUCCCAGAAGAACAGGACCACUUGGCCCACUGAGAGAGGUCACUCCAGCACCUUUGUGUUCAGUGCAGGGGAACACACAGCUGGGAGUGAGAUAUUAAACCUGGUCUGGUAGAUCCAGCAAGCUAUCCUGGAGAGAGAGAUUACGGCUGGAGGCUGGUGCCUCUCCUGAACCUGAUCCCACCCCGGUCUGCCCAGAACAGUCUCAACACUCCUCUGAGUUUGGGAGAGGUGUCCCUGUAAAAUCAAGGCAAGU